UCCACACGCCCCAAUUUAUGGACCAGUCACUCUCUCAUUUCCAUUCUUGUUUACUAGGCACUAAUUAGCGUCUCGAUUCUUCUAUUUCCCAAUCUCACACACACACUCUCUCUCUAUCGAUCAUAAACCAUGUCUUGGCUCCUCAGAUCUAGCAAGGCGAAGCUCUUGUCUUCCUCUGCUUCUCUCUCUAGAACCUUCUCUUCUCUCCCUCGUUCCAGCCAUGGUCUUGAUCGGAGCUCUCCACCUCAGAUCGGAGCACUCUCUCCCGUCGUCGAACUCUUCCACCGCAAGACCGCUACUAUGUCUAUCGCGAAUGAAAAUUCUUCCAGGGAAAAUUUGACCGGUCUCCCCAAAGUUCCAGCGAAUAAGCUUGGCAGUGAUUCUAGUGAGAUCAAUUCUUUGAGAUACAAGGCUUCUGUACAGGACAUCAAUGUGCUGGCUGGAGCUAGAUAUGGUGCUGGAGUUUGGGCUGCCAAGGGUCCAAUGCUAUUGGGAGUCAAUGCUGUGAUGGCUAAAAGUUUUUUGAGAAGUGCGGAUACUGACACAUUGGGAUUGACUGAUCAUAAGCGUUUUAUGAGUGACAGCCCAAGUAGAAUGAGUGAGACAACACCAUCUGCUCUUCGCCCGUUAUCUCCUCAUCUUCCUGUUUAUCAGCCCCAGCUCUCUUCGACGCUUUCAAUUUUCAAUAGAAUGGCUGGAGCUUACCUAUCUGUUAUCGUUGUGCUUUUUUAUAUGAUCUAUAUGAAAAUGGGUUUGAUUAGCCUCACCUUUGAUUCUUUCUACCAGUUUCUAUUUUAUUCAUCAAAACUCAACCUACUCGCCAUUGAGAUUUCUGCCUUAGCCAUGUCCUAUCACCUGUAUAGUGCAAUUCGUCAUUUAUUCAUAUGAUGUCAGUCACAACUGAUAACUGAACAGUACGUUUGACCCUGAGGUGGAACUUGCUUCGACUAUGGAGGCGUACUUCCGUAUGUCAUAAGGAACUUCAUAAAACAGUGUUCCCAUUUAGAUAAUGUGAAUUUGCUUUUCUGUAGAUGUUGUUACAAGCUUAAUAAUUAAUUACAGUUGGAGCACAACUUCAUGUUUAGUGCUGAGUAUGACUACAUCUAUCUUGAAUCUGACGUUUUGUUUUGUUUUUUUUACUCCCUCAAAUUGCAUGUACGUAACUGUUGCAUUUAAUAAAUGCAUUUGAGUUUUGG